AUGAGGAAGAAGGUCGACGAGCGCAUCCGAACCCUGAUAAGCAAUGGCGUCAAAAACAAGCACCGCUCCAUGUUCGUCAUUGUCGGCGACAAGUCACGUGACCAGAUUGUGAAUCUUCACUAUAUGCUCAGCAAUGAGUUGAAGAAAUCAAGGCCUACUGUGUUGUGGUGCUACAAGGACAAGCUUGAGCUCAGCAGUCACAAGAAGAAACGUGCUAAGCAGGUGAAGAAGCUGAUGCAGAGGGGCCUGCUUGACCCCGAGAAGGUUGAUCCCUUCUCUCUUUUUAUAGAGAGCAGCGGAGUGACGUAUUGCUUGUACAAGGAUUCCGAGAGAGUUCUUGGUAAUACUUUCGGAAUGUGUAUACUUCAGGAUUUCGAGGCCUUGACACCGAAUCUACUAGCUAGAACAAUAGAGACCGUGGAGGGUGGCGGACUAAUCAUACUGUUGCUUCGUUCUUUGACCUCACUCACCAACUUAUACACCAUGGUUAUGGAUGUCCACGACAGGUUUAGAACCGAAUCCCAUUCCCAGGCUACUGGCCGUUUUAAUGAGCGUUUCUUAUUAUCACUUGCAUCGUGCAAAGCAUGUGUGGUUAUGGAUGAUGAACUGAAUAUUCUACCAGUUUCAUCUCACAUAAGGUCAAUUACCCCAGUGCCAGUUAACGAGGACUCUGAAGGGAUAUCAGAGUCAGAAAGGGAAUUGAAGGAUCUAAAAGAACAACUAAGUGAUGCCUACCCCGUUGGCCCUUUAAUAAAGAAAUGUUGCACGCUUGACCAGGGAAAUGCUGUUGCUACAUUUCUGGAUGCAAUAUUGGAUAAGGCACUCCGAAGUACUGUUGCCUUGCUUGCUGCUCGUGGCCGUGGGAAAUCAGCUGCACUUGGUUUGGCUAUUGCUGGAGCUAUUGCUGCAGGGUAUUCAAAUAUCUUUGUAACUGCACCGAGCCCUGAGAACUUGAAAACCUUGUUCGAAUUUGUUUGCAAGGGUUUGGAUGCAUUGGAUUAUAAGGAACAUUUAGAUUAUGAUGUGGAGAAAAGUUCUAACCCUGCGAUGAAGAAAGCAACUCUAAAGAUCAACAUAUUCAAGCAGCACAGACAAACAAUUCAGUAUAUCCAGCCCCAUGAGCAUGAAAAACUUUCCCAAGUUGAGUUAUUGGUUGUUGAUGAGGCUGCUGCUAUUCCACUUCCAGUGGUGAAGUCUUUGCUUGGCCCUUAUCUGGUCUUCCUUUCAUCUACUGUCAAUGGCUAUGAAGGUACUGGUCGGUCUCUGUCUCUGAAGCUUCUACAGCAAUUGGAAGAGCAAAGCCAGAUGUCUGCUAAUGGCCCUAUAUCUGGUCGACUUUUCAAAAAGAUAGAAUUAAAAGAAUCAAUCAGAUAUGCUUCUGGUGACCCAGUUGAAUCCUGGCUUGGCGGUUUACUUUGUUUGGAUAUCACCAAUUCCAUUCCUAAGCUUAACGGGUUACCUGCACCUAAUGAAUGUGAUCUCUACUAUGUGAACCGUGAUACACUUUUUUCAUAUCAUAAAGAUAGUGAGAUGUUCUUACAGAGAAUGAUGGCGCUAUAUGUUGCCUCUCACUACAAGAAUUCUCCAAAUGAUUUGCAACUAAUGGCUGAUGCUCCAGCGCAUCACUUGUUCGUAUUGCUUGGUCCUGUUGACGAGUCAAAAAAUCAACUUCCUGAUAUUUUGUGUGUUGUUCAGGUGAGCCUGGAGGGACAGAUUUCUCGUAAAUCUGCAAUCAAAAGUUUAAGUGAUGGUCAUCAGCCUUCUGGUGAUCAGCUACCAUGGAAGUUCUGUGAGCAAUUUCAGGACACAGUUUUUCCCACUCUUUCAGGAGCUCGCAUUGUUAGAAUUGCUACCCAUCCAAGUGCCAUGAAGAUUGGUUAUGGUUCACAAGCUGUAGAACUAUUGACAAGGUACUAUGAAGGACAGUUCGCUCCUAUUUCCGAAACGGAUGUCGAAGAAGUUGAGGCGCCAGCUGUCAGUGUGAUUGAAGCUGCCAAGAAGGUUUCAUUGCUAGAGGAAACUAUAAAACCCAGAACAGAUCUUCCCCAUUUGUUGGUACAUCUUCGUGAAAGACGACCAGAGAAACUUCAUUACAUCGGUGUCUCCUUUGGGCUUACCUUGGACCUUUUCCGUUUUUGGAGUAAACAUAAAUUUGCUCCAUUCUAUAUUGGGCAUAUUCCAAGUGCUGUGACGGGUGAGCACACAUGUAUGGUCCUGAAAUCGUUGAACAGUGAUGACCUUGAAGUUAGUGAUUUUCAUGCAUUUUACCUAGAUUUCAGGCGAAGGUUUCUCAGACUAUUAGGUGUUAGUUUCCAGGCGAUGGAUUAUAGGCUCGCAAUGAGCAUCUUAGAUCCGAAGAUCAAUUUCAAAGAGCUAGAACCAACAUCAAAAACCUCAAAUGGAUUCUUAAAGUCGACUAAAGAUUUCUUCUCGCCUUAUGAUAUGAAGCGACUGGAAGCAUAUACAAACCAUCUUGCUGACUUUCAUAUGAUAUUGGAUCUUGUUCGUACCAUUUCAGAUCUCUAUUUUCAAGAAAAACUUCCCGUAACAUUGUCAUAUGCUCAAGCUUCAAUUUUGCUGUGCAUUGGCCUGCAAAGUCGAGAUAUCUCCUAUAUUGAGGGGGUGAUGAAAUUAGAAAGGCAGCAGAUAUUGUCACUGUUUAUAAAAGUUAUCAAGAAGGUCUACAAAUAUUUGUACUCUGUUGCAUCUGAGGAGAUUCAGUCAACCUUUCCUCAACCAAAAGAUACUGUGAUGGAACCUCACAAAAUCUCUGUCGAUGAGGAUCUCAACAAUGCUGCUAGAGAAGUUGAGAAUCAAAUGAGAUCCAAGGCAGAGCAAUCAUCAAACCCCAAUGAAGAUGCAUUAGAUCUUGCAUUAUUUCGAGAAUAUGCAAUUGAGGAUGAAGAUGCAGAGUUUGAGAAUGCUCUGCAGAAUGGUAAACAGAUACCAAAGGAUGGUGUUAUUAGUGUGAAAUCAAGUAGAAAAGAAAAAGAGGAGCGUGGAAAACAUAGAGAGAGUGACAAGAGUGGAAACAGACGAGGUAGAGAUGAGCAUGGCUCCACCUCGAAGUCAAAAAAGAAGAGGAAAUCUUCACACUAAUGACAUUAUAAGGUUUUUAGAUUGCAACUGUUUUACCAUUGAGAUAGAUACUAUAUCCAUUUGAUAGCCUUUAAAUUACCUGCUGUCACAACAGUGCAGGGUAUAAUUUUG